UGACAAGCCCCUAUAUCUCUCUACAAAGCUGUACAUUGAAAUGAUGUGAUCUGAGGAAGAAGGUGAAGAUGCAGAAUCCGGACUCGGCCGAUUCUCCCGCCGAGUUUCGACUUGGCCAGCGAGUCCACUCACUCGGUGACCCCCGCCGAAUGGGCACAGUGAAGUACGUCGGACCCGUACAGGGCUAUUCGGGCACGUGGGUCGGCGUCGACUGGGACAAUGGCGACGCCAAACACGACGGCGCCCUAGACGGACGCCGCUAUUUCCAGGCGCACGCCGCCAAAUCUGGGUCGUUCGUUCGCCCCCACAAUCUAUCGGCUGGCAUUUCGCUGCUCCAAGCGCUACUUCUCCGGUACCGAUCCACUACCUCCAAGGAAGAGGAAGAGGAAAUGUAUGUCCUUUCAGCAAGCAACAGACGAGUAUCUGUUCAACUUGUGGGGAAAGAACAAAUUGAAGACAAGCUAAGUCGAUUUGAAGAGUUGACAGCUGCUUCACUAUCUUAUUUAGGCGUUAGCUCUAUUGGAGCCCCAUUUGAGAUCUGUAGUGUUGUGCCAAAUCUAAAGGAGCUAGAUUUGACUGGCAAUCUGCUUUCAGAAUGGAAAGAUGUUGGAACUAUCUGUGAACAGUUACCAGGCCUUGCAGCUCUAAACCUAUCUAACAACCUUAUGGCACAUGAUAUUACUGGGCUACCACUUCUAAUGAACCUCCGGGUUCUGGUUUUAAACAAUACUGGCAUUAAAUGGAAGGAGGUUGAAAUAAUUAGGCAUUCACUUCCAGCAAUAGAAGAACUACAUCUGAUGGGAAACAAUUUAAGGGCAAUAACGCCUGCCUCUUCCUCUAUUGUCCAAGGAUUUGAUUAUCUGCGGCUUCUGAAUUUGGAAGAUAACUGUAUAGCUGAAUGGGAUGAAAUCUUAAAGCUUUCCCAGCUCAGAAGCUUGGAGCAGCUUCAUUUGAACAAGAACCAUUUGAAGCACAUAUUUUACCCUGAUUCUGAUGCAAUACAUCAACUGCUCAACGGUAUUGACUUUCUUGAAAAAGGUUGUAGGCCCUUCCAGAAUUUGCAUUGUCUUCUUCUAGGUGGUAACAACAUCGAGGAUCUGGCCUCUGUUGACUCGCUAAAUUCUUUCCCUAUGUUGAAGGAUAUUAGGCUUUCUGAGAAUCCAGUAGCUGAUCCUGGAAGAGGUGGUAUCCCAAGAUUUGUUUUAAUUGCAAGGUUAUCGAAAGUUGAAAUACUGAAUGGGAGUGAGGUCAGUCCUCGUGAGCGGAAGGAAUCUGAGAUCCGGUAUGUUCGCUUAGUCAUAUCAAAGAUGCAUGGCAACCCAGAAGAAAUCAAGCGGCUUCACCCCAGGUUUGCCGAGCUUAAAGAAUUUCAUGGAAUCGAGGAUGAAAGACCCUUGACUGGAGCAGCUGGUCCUCAAAAAAUGGCUUCUGGACUUCUUUCUAUCAAUCUGAAAUGCAUUGGAGCAUCCAUAGGCGAAAAGCCCCCGCUGACAAAGAAACUGCCAGCAACCACCACGAUUGGCAAGCUAAAGAAUCUUUGUGAGAGUUUCUUCAAAUUGAAAUCUAUCAAGCCGAGAUUGUUUCUUCAAGAAGAGGGUUCCCCGUUGCCAAUACUGCUUGACGAUGAAAUGGCAUCACUGAUGGACCUUGGAAUCGGUAGUGAAUCAACCAUUCUCAUAGAUGAAGAGAGUUGAUGAAGGUAAAUCCAUGAAGCUCUUUGAUGGACUUUGGAACUGGAAACAACCAUCGAAGACGAGAAGAGUUGAUGAACGUGAAUCAACCCCAGAAACUUCCAUGAUUCUUGUUGCAACAUUUUGUCUAGUUCCAAGUGUUUGGAUGGUACUUGUUUUUGGAUUUACAGACUUUCACAUUCCUCAAAUUUGUGUGUAACAGGUUGAUGCUUUGAGAUUUGGGUUUUCUUGUUUUAUCUUACCUUUUAUUUUGAUCUUUAUUCAAUUGUCAAUUUAAAUAUGCUGUGUAACAUUUAAUGAGACGAUUAGCAGAGAGUGAGAAGAAAUAUUUGUUA